AUGGAGGACGUAAAGGGCAUUGAGAGUGCCAAGCAAGAAGUUUCUUCGACUAAAUCCAACGAUGGGCUUGAUAUGAAGACUUUAUUCGUUAGAUCGAUACCCGCAGAUGUUACAGACGAGGAGAUGGGUGAGUUUUUCUCCAACUUUGCUCCUAUUAAGCAUGCAGUUAUUGUUAAGGAUGCUCAAAAGAAAUCAAGAGGGUUUGGAUUCGUCAGUUUUGCAGUGGAAGACGACACUCUAGCAGCUUUGAAGGAGGCAAGAAAGACCAAACUUAAAGAUCGUCUUUUGAGAAUAGAUAUUGCCAAAAGGAGAGAUCGUAAUAAGAAGAAAGGGGAGGAGUCAAAGCCGACUUCUGAAGACACCGAAUCUGCAGAUGGUCCCAUCGACGAAGAAUCACUAUUAAAGGGAAAGCCUAAAAUUAUUAUAAGGAACAUGCCAUGGAGUUGUCGUGAUCCUGAAAAAUUGAAGAACAUUUUUAGCAGGUUUGGUACUGUAGUGGAGGCGAAGAUUCCGAAGAAGAAGGACGGGAAACUUUGUGGAUUUGCUUUUGUCACUAUGAAGAAAUUAGUAAAUUGUAAGACAGCCAUUGAGAAUUCAAAAGAUCUAAAGAUCGAUGGUAGAAAAGUGGCUGUCGAUUUUGCAGUUCAAAAGAAUAAAUGGGAAGAAUAUAACAAGUCUAAUGAGGAAAAGAAGGUUGAAGAAAAUCCAGAAGAAUCAAACUCAGAUGAUGAAGAGGAAGAAGAAGAGGAGGAGGAGGAGGAUCAAAAUAAUUCUCGUGAAAGUGAGGACGAAGAGGAAGAAGAAGAUGAUAGUGAUGUUGAUGAAGCAGAAGAAGAACUAGAUAAAAGAAGUAAGGCACCGGCAAAAAAUAAAGUUGAAGACUUCUCUGUAUUUGUGAGAAACGUUCCUUAUGAUGCCACAGAGGAGUCACUGGUCGAACACUUCGGUAAAUUUGGACCUGUCAAGUAUGCUUUGCCCGUCAUUGAUAGAGAGACUGGCUUAGCGAAAGGUACUGCAUUUGUCGCCUUUUCCAGCAAGCAAGCCUACGAUGACUGUCUACAGAAUGCUCCUGCAGCUGGUGCCACAUCGUUACUGAUAGGCGACGACGUUCAACCACAGUAUGUUUACGAAGGCCGUGUUUUAUCCAUUUCUCCAACGCUGAAAAGAGAGGAUGCUAGUAAUAUGGCCGAGAGAAAUGCUACUAAGAGGAAAGAAAUACUUGGAAAGGCACCUGGCGAGCGUGACAGACGUAAUCUAUACUUGCUGAAUGAAGGUAAAGUGGCCGAGGGCUCUCAACUUGCUUCGCUUCUAACUCAAAAAGAUAUGGAAAUCAGAGAAGCUUCUUACAAACUAAGAGUGGAACAAUUAAAGAAAAACCCAUCUUUGCAUUUAUCCAUGACAAGACUGGCCAUCAGAAAUCUACCUAGGGCUAUGACUGAUAAAGCAUUGAAGGCUUUGGCCAGAAAGGCCGUGGUAGAGUUUUCGACUCAAGUCAAGAACGGAGAGAGACAUCCAUUGAGCAAAGAGGAACUCGUCAGAUCGACGAAAGAGAAGUUCAAAUUUAUGUCGCCUGAAGAAAUUGACCGCGAGAAGAAGAAGGAUAAGAAAAACGGUGUGGUAAGACAAGCCAAGGUCAUUAUGGAAGUGAAAGGUUCUAAUGUAGGUAGAAGUAGAGGUUACGGUUUCGUGGAAUUCAAGGAUCAUAAACAUGCUUUGAUGGGUCUAAGAUGGAUGAAUGUGCACCAGGUGACUAGCGAUGAGAUACAUGCAGGCGCCAAUGAGGACGAUAAAACAUCGGAAGAUUCGGAAGGUCUUAAGAGUAGACGCCUGUGUGUUGAAUUCGCCAUUGAGAAUGCUAAUGUCGUGAAGAGGAGAAGAGAAAACGUUAAACAAGCCAGAGAAAGUGGCAAGAGAAGGCGCGAAGAAGGUAAUGCUGACGAUAAGGAAAAGUCUAACAAAAAAGCCAAAAUAAGUACUGUUACCAAAGAUGCAGAUUCGAAUACAGGAAAGAGUGGGUUGACUGAUGGUACUAAGAGGUUGAUUGGAAUUAAGCGUAAAAGAAAAAGUCGUAAAAACUGA